AUGCCUCUGAGCUUCGGUAUCAAACCCACCCUGGAAUGUGUGAAAGUGGACAUGAUGCAAAAUGAGAACAAGAUGGACCACCACUGUCACUUGUAUGGAGGCAAAGACAACAUUCUCAUCAUCCGUAGGGCCCAGGAGUUUAAGAUGACCCUCCAUUUCAACCAGCCCGUAAAUCCCAUUGACAAAUUCCAGAUUGAGUUUUACAUUGGUAUCGAUGCCAACGUGUUGAAUGGCACAAAGGUUAUCGUCUCCUUUGACAGCUCGCAAAAUGUGAAUUGGACCGGCCGCAUGAUACAGCAACUAGGGGAUGAGUGCGUGGUGGGAAUCACCCCUUCCGCGAACGCCAUCAUCGGAAAGUACUACACGAAUGUGGCGGUCAUCGGUUCCAAUGAAAUCUCCAGGACACCAAAGGACACUGGAACAGACUUCUACCUCCUGUUCAACGCCUGGGCGUCCAAUGAUGAAGUGUACAUGCCCAACGAGGAAGACAGGGGGGAGUACGUGAUGAACGACAAUGGCUGCAUAUACCAAAUGGAAUCAGGGGGUGGAAGGCAAUGGUUUUAUGGUCAGUUUGAGGAAGGGAUUCUCGAUGCCUGUAUCAAAAUCUUGGAUGACUCACACAUGCCUCUAGUAAACAGAGCCGAUGCUGUCAAAGUCUGCAGGAUAGGAGCUGCAAUGAUGAACUCCCAAGAUGACCACGGGGUCUUGGUGGGCAACUGGAGUGAGGACUACUCCCUUGGCACUGCACCAACCUUCUGGAUUGGCAGCGACCAGAUCCUGCUCCAGUACGCCAACAAAGGGCCUGUCAGCUAUGCCCAGUGCUGGGUCUAUGCCGGGACAUUCAACACCUUCUUGCGGUGCCUGGGAAUCCCUGCCAGGGUGGUCAGCAACUUCAACUCCGCCCACGACAACACAGGGAACAUAAUCACGGAUCUCAUCUUCAACUCUGUGGGAAAUCAACUUGAACUGAACGAGCGCCUUACCAGGGACUCUAUCUGGAACUACCAUUGCUGGAACGAGGCUUACCUGUCCAGAUCUGACCUCCCCGCAGACCAGGACUUAGGUGGCUGGCAGGUGGUGGAUGCAACCCCCCAGGAAACCAGUGAUGGAUAUUACCGCUGUGGACCUUGCUCUGUCAAAGCCAUCAAGGAAGGAAUGCUCAGCUAUCAAUUUGAUGCCCCGUUUGUGUUUGCUGAGGUGAAUAGCGACGUUCACAAAUACAAGCUAAAUCCACAAACUGGGAAAACUGAGUUACUAAGCGUGGACACAACCUAUGUCGGCAGGAAACUCGUGACGAAGUCUAUUGGUGGAAACAAUUAUGAGCCAAUGGACAUUACAGAGACGUACAAACACCCAGAAGGCAGCGAUAAGGAUAAAGAGACCAUGAAGAAAGCCGAGAGAACCUACAAGCUACAUAUGCAAGACGACGACGAGCAGGAGAUCCCACAGGCUAACGUGGAGAUGACGCUGGAGACACCAGUGGAGCCGGUGAUGAUUGGCCAUGACUUCCAGAUGGCUGUGGUCUUCAGGAACCUGAGUGAAGACACACGCACCAUCCAUGGCUUUCUGGUGGGCUCCACGGUGUACUACACCAACAUCCAAAAAGCUCAGUUCAAGCAGGAGAGCUUUGACAUCACUCUGAACCCCAUGGAGACGUCGAGGGUACAGGUGGUCGUACUGGCCCAGAAGUACAUGCCCAAGCUGGGUUGCCAGUCCAAUCUGCGCUUCGUGGUGACGGCCAAGAGCAUGGAGAACAACCAGGACAUGACGGCCAUGCAGAUAGUGAACCUGGAAGGCCCCGAGCUGUUCUUUUCGAUGAGUGGACCAGCGCAAGUGAACCAGGAGGUAUUUGUCAAGGUGGAGUUCACCAACCCGUUCCCAUUCAGCCUGCGUGACGUGAGGAUGGCCAUGCAAGGGCCUAAUUUCAUGUCAUACCGGGAAAAGUUGUACAGUGAGAUCGCUACCGGCGCCUCCAUCUCCUGGAUGGAGUCAUGUGUCCCUACGAGGUCUGUGAAAACAAUGAUCUAUGCUGUCCUGGACUGCUCGGUCCUUGGGAAUGUCCAAGGCAAUUGGGCCAUCUGCAUCCAGGCCUGAUCAUUGCCCAGGGAAGCCACUCCCACCUGCUAAUCACCUGCCAUCGACCGGAGAACCAUGCACGAAUAGAGGCUCUUGUGUAGAUCUGAAAGGAUUUGAUUGGUGAAUAAGAAAUUCCACCUAGCCUAUGAGAGGGCGAGGGCAAGCAAAUAACAUAUCCCUUACGGAAAAAAAACAUGAUUUCACAGGUGAAAUGUCCACCUGUGAAAUGAUGUGAAGCCAUGUGUUUUUGGAACGCUGAAGUUUCACAUGUGGAUUUUACAUGUGAUCACAUGACCUUUCACGUGAAUAUUUUUCAAAUGAGAUUUCACAGAUGAUGCCCUGCAAACAAAAUUGAGUCGUUAGGAUACACACAAACAGUGCUUUUAACAUAGUGUUUUCAACGUACAUAUUUGACACACAUGAUUACAUUGUAUUUAUAGGGUUUUGAUCUCACAAACUCUUGGUUCACGGCAUCCCGACCUUCCUGCUACACCACCAAGUCGGUGUCAAUUACAGAUUUCACCUGUAUUCCUACACUUUGGGUUUAAGUAAAGUAAAUAUCAGCUUGUUAAAAAUUCAAUCAAGGAAAAUUAUUUUAUUAAAUAAGUAUAUGAAAUGUAUAAGUAUAUGAAAUCUAUGAUGAGAGAAUAAUCGGAUUAACUAAAAUAGAAGUGCAGAUGGCAGUCUUUUGCUAACUGCAGAGAUGUGAAACACAUGUUAGCACAUGUGAAAUGUAUGUGAUUUUUCUGUAAGGGAUUUCUUACACCGAUAAGAUUUUUUCCAGAAAUGCCUAGGGCUAGGGGCUAAGAGUUGAUUUGGAAUUGGGCAGAAGCGGAAGGGCCAAACCGCAACAAGCGCAUCAGUUUAUCUUAUUAUUUCUUCUGCAAUGCCAAAUAUCAAUCAAAUCAAUGUAUUUUCAGGCAUUGGUGACACUUAAAGUUGAAGGGCACCUACAUAAGGACUUCAUAACACAUUCAUUAGCCAUAUAUGCUACAUUCAUAAUCAGUAGAACUGCAAGCUGACGUUUUUGUUAUGUCACAGUAUCCCUUCACUAGUGUUACCAAAGACUCUCAGGGACCAAAAUGUUUAAAAGUUAUGAUCCAUGUGAAUAUGAUGCAUAGAGUUUUUUAUGCAUUCUAAUUAGAUGGCAUUUAUAUCUCAGGGAUUUAAUUUGGUUUCGAAUGAGCCGACUCAGAUUCGGUUUCUGUUAUUUUCGAUCUUACAAACCUUUGACUGUACAUUUCUCACACAAUCAUGACCUUCAAUCUAAUCAACGGUCCAGUGUUAUCUGAAGUAGAUUUAAUCAAGCAGAAAAGGUACUGCAUUUAAAGAAGCUAUGCGUAUUUGGGAAACAUGAUUUUUUUUUUAUUUGGACUGGGAUUUUGGUUGCAAAAACUUUGCACAUCACCCAACUAUUAACGUUAGAUAAAUAAUUUGACAUCAGAUUUAAAAGUAUAAUGUAAAAAAAAACAACACACCAUGUAAAAUCCAUAUGUGGGCACCAUUCCUCAGUUAUUUUGUUUGAUCGUUUUUUGUAUAACCAGUAAUAUUGGAAAACCAUAAUUUUAGGCUUUGAGUCAAACUAAAUAUUUUAAUUCACUGCCAUUAACUGUUUAUAACAUUUCAGCUAUGCACUGCUUUUGAUUAACAAUAAAAUCAUUUUCAAAAACAA